GACAGUGCUCAUUCCAGUAUGGUUAUGGUUUGAUGGUUAAUAAUAAUCUUGUCUAUCAUAUCAAGAGAGUCCUGUGACAGUCCUGUUAAAUGGUUUAAAUGUCUUAGUUUUCCUCUCAUUUAUGCAACGUUAUGAAAUUUCUUUGAUUUUCAUAAUUCGCGCAUAUGUCUCGAACCUCUCGUCAGAUAAUUAACUUAUGUAUAAUUGACGAAAUCAUUUAACUGUCAAAUAAUUAGACGGGGAAAACGCAAGUUUGACACGGUUACGUUCCUUUGCAAAACAUUUGCAGUUCUCUCUUUCCUUAUCGAGAUAGCAAUUGAAGUCAAUAACGUAACGAUGAACAUGACUAAGAAAAUAAACGUAAAUUUUUCAUCCCUGGUGGGUCUGAAAGCAGAGCUGCUGAGAAAGCAGGUUGAAGUAAACGAAGCCAGGUUGAAAACUGAGACUGUCAAUGUGCCGCCACUGUCAAGUAAGAAGAAGAGUAAGAAAUCCGUCGUGGGCGGUGCUGAAGGGAACGUCAAGAGAUCGGUGGACCCGGAGGACAUUGUCGCCCACAAAAAGUCGAAAUUGAUGUUGGAGGCCAAGGCGAGAUUGUACGAGAGGCUGAAGAAGUCGAAAAAUAAUGACGAUAAAUUUCUCGUUGAUUUUGAGAACAAGCUGAGCGAGCCCAGUGAGGAAGUGGACGAAGCGAUAGAUGAGGAAUAUCCCAUAGAACCGGAGGAAAAUUGGGUGGAGUAUCAGGAUUGCUUUGGCCGUACGAGGAAGUGUUUGCGGGAGGAUCUGCCACACAUGCAGCGAAAGGACGAUUUGAUAAAGCAGGAAGUAAUGAAGAAACAUUUCGGCGAGGAUCAAGAAGAGGAGAAGCAGCAAUACUCUGUCCAGGAGAAAGAACCCGAGAUCGAGAUCAUGCGUAGAAAAUGGGAGGAGCAAACGCGAAAGUUAGCGGACAAAGUUGAUAUACAUUAUCAAGACAUAUUGUUUGAUGAGGCACGAGCGCACGGCGUCGGCUACUACGCGUUUUCGCAAAACGAGGAGGAGAGGGCGAAGCAGCAAGAAAACCUGACGAACUUGAGAAAGGAAACGGAGAGGAAGCAGAGGGAAACGAGAGAAGUGAAGGAACUAAAGGAGAGAAUGGAGCAGAAUAGAUUGAAGGCAGCGAGAAUUAGGCAGCGUAUCAGAGCGGGCUUGCCAGCAGAGCCUACAGAGGAGGAGUUAGCCCAAGAAAAGUUAAUAAAUUUGACUAAAAAUGUUAAUACCGGCGAAGAUAACGAAUCUACAGAAACAGAUAAAGAAAAAUCCGAUGAGAAAGCUGAUCGUGUGUCUGUAAGUGUCGAUGAAUUCACCGAGAGUAAAGAGACCAACGACGAAGACAAGAUAAGAGCCUUUGGAGAACUUUUGGGUAAGAGGAAUCACUGGCAUGUGAUGUCGCAAGAAGAAUGGGUGGAUAAAUGUAGAACACAGAGAAUUAGCAAGUUCGGGCCAGUUUACGAUAACUUUACAAGCGCUGGACUUUACAACAGCUCUCGGAGCGUCGACGAGCGGUCAACUCAUAAGGAAAAGUCGGAUGACGCAGACACUUAUAAUUCUCGGAAAUCCAUUGAAGAAUCUAAUGACAAUUUACAGAAUCGUGGAGAUGGCAACAAUUCCGUUGGUAAUGAGACAGUUUCCAUUGUGAGAGAUAGCGAUAGUCAGAACGACAAGAACACUUUACUAGGACAUCUCACGGCCGACAGGAACUCCCAUGAAUUGUCUGAGAGUACUAUAGACCCGACAUUAGUUCCUGCUAUGACUUUACCUCAGAGACAAGCGACCGUUUCGUAUCCGUUAUCGCAUCUGUCCAGUAAUUAUUCACGAGAUGUACGCGACUACGCUGGAUAUACGCCCGAACAGCAAAAACAAACAGACGAUAUGAAUAUCCCUCUUCCUGGUGAAAAUGACGUUUUAGCUUCUAGUACCAGUCAUACAGACGCUCAUGAAUCAUUGCCACAAAGUAUAAACGAAGAUAACAUUAUGGCUGGUCUUAAAUAUUUAAGAGAAAAAUUUGAGGCGAAUCAUAGUAAAUGCACGUAAUGAAGAAUCAUUUAUAUUAUAUCGAAUGUACAUAAAUAGCAAUUUAAUAUAAUUUUAUAUAAAAAUAAACAUAC